AUGAACUUAGUAGAUUAUCCUGACAUAGUCGAGGAUGUUCAGCCCCGAAAGCGACAGGUCUCCAUCAGCUCUGUGGAUUCUGAACCCAUCAAGGCCUGCAAGCGAAAGGGUACCGAGACUCCGUCCGUCGCCGAAAGCGAGGAGGGAAAGAGAGAUUUACCACGGGUAGGCACACGGCUGCCCGUUGAGGCAGAUAUUGAAAUAAGUUGUGAGGAAUCCAGCGUGCCUAUUGAGCGUGUUUCAGAGGCACCUGUUGCGGUUGUUUACUCCGUACCGCAAUCGAACUGCGUGUGCGUGGCUCAGCGCAUCGAGGAAGCCCUUGUCAUGGAUGUAGGGACACGCUUCUGCCUCGCCGAUGGAACCCUGGUCGGCGUGCUUACGUCUGUAAUGGGGCCCGUUUCCAGCACGUUCUACCAGGUUACCUCAACGGUGCAUCAAUUCUCGCAGCUGAAAGAGCAUCCAAAGGGGCUAACUGAGGGCAUUCCGCUGCAUUGUGAUGUGGCACACCGGCACGUUAUUUUUGACCUCCUCGCACAGUGCGAUAUUGCGCGAGGAACGGAUGCCAGCUACAUCGAUGACGAGGAGCUUCCUGCCCAUGUGCGACCCGACUUUUCUGACGAUGAAAAGGAGAAGUCUUGGAAGCGACAGCAUCGAGCGGGCUCAGCUGUGGGGGCUGAAAGCUCCUGCUCUAGCAGCGCAUACGAAGACAUGCCGUGCCCACAAUUGGAGCAUGGUGGCGUGCUCUCCACUUCCGCGUCGCGACCCCUUGCCCGGUCCGGGGAUCAACUCGUGGUACCCGCCUGGCUUAGGUGA